CUCAGCUGGUGCAGAGAAGCUGCCCUUGCUCACUUAGAGAAAAGGUGUAGCUCUGACUGUACUGAGGGCAGACUUGCCCCUUCUUGUGACCCUGGGCUGGCUGUUGGACUGUAAAAAGAAAACUACAGAUCCCAGAUCAUGGCUUCUGCACCUCCUAUGUCAAAUGAAACUUCAAGCCCUAGUAACAGUGAGAGUGAGAGUGAGUGUGGGAGUGAUGCUGAAAGUGACAGCUCUGACGACAGUGAGACCAUGGAGAGCUUGUCCUCAUUUGAUCAGUCUGAAGAAGAAGAUCAUCUAAGCUCAGAAGACAUAAUAAAAGAAGAGCCAGCUUCUGGGCCUUUGCCAUGUGAGUUUGAAAUCGAUAAAGAGAAACCUUCUGAUGUUGAAGCUACAGGAUUAACUGAAUGUAAGAAAAUUCUGAGGAUGCUCUCAUUAUUGAUUUGGAAAACUGUGUCAAAAUCUCAAAUGGUGAGCUUACUUAAAGACUUUGUUGAGUCUGAAUUUUUUUUGAUUGAUGGAGAUUCACUAUUCAUCACAUGUAUUUCAAAUGUGAACUUAAAGAAAGGACAAACUCUUCACUUCUUCUAUAUUGUAGAACAAUUUCUACAUGAUUUCAUUCAAAAGGAAGCCAAAUUUAUAAUAGUUUUCUUUAAGGAUGCAGAACAUCUGUAUUUUAAUCACCCUGAACUUCUGGCUCUUCGUACCAUAUUGAUUCAACAUUUAGAAUACAAUACGGAUGUCCCUAUUCAUACACAAUUUUCCAACUGUCUGACACCAGAAUGGGAGAUAUUUCUUAAAGAAUGUUAUCCGUAUUUCCUAAUUGUCUCAGAAGAGGGACUAACACCUCAUCAAACAGACUUUUUAAACAUUUUUAUCAUUCACGCUCUUCAGAAGAAAAUCAAUAUUAUACAGUCUUUAGGAAUAAAGUCAGAUGCCCUUAGAAUUUAUGGAUACUAUGCCUCAAGUUGCUAUUUACACAAACGCUUCUUUGAAAUGAAUGAGAUACCACUGCAACAUGCCUUACAUGCCUACAUAGUAGAGUACUACCAAAAGUCACCGGAAAGAGAAAUAUUUCUAUAUGGUCAUUUGAGACUAAACUUGGGAGAAAUGCAGAAAGAGAUACAUCAAGCCUUGUCCUUGCUUCACAGUCUGGGCCCUGAAGGAGCUGAUGUGAGAAGUGUUGUGUGCUCUGUUUCAUGUGCUGUGACACUAAAACUCUAUGCAAAAAUGUUACAUGGUGCACAAGACUAUGAGAACCCAAGCACUGGCACAGAAAAGCAAAACUUGCAGGACUUGAAGAAAACACCAACACUAAAUGAAGCGGCAGAUCUUUGCAGAAUGCACUGUCUUAGUGUGACUUGCCUUCAACGUUUACCCCUGUUUCAAAGAGCUAAGAGUAGAAUCAUUGCUUCUGCUUGGGACAGAACUCUUUUACCAUUUCUAAGAAUGUUAAAGUAUUGUGAAUUUUUCACCCUAAAACAAUUAAAGUCUAGAAAUAAUUGGAAUAUGAAUUACGGUGGCCUACCUGACUUAACUGAUAAUAGUUUGUGCAAAAAUAUUGUAUAUUAUGAAAUUGAAUAUAGUAGAGGACUAACCCUGGAACUGGGAGAAACGUUGAAAGAGAGCUAUCAGAAGCUGUGGAACACGGUUUUGACAGCAUCAGGGGAUGGUGAUUUCGGAGGACCCAUGCCCGUGAGGGCAACGUCCAGGCCAUUUCUUACACAUAAAAAAACAUCACCUAGAGGAUCAAAUCAAGAAAUUCAUAAAUUAGGACUCAUUCCUCUGAAAGCAGAAAUUAUAGAAGAUUAUGCUGGAGAUAUUUUGUCAGAACUACCUUUUCUAAGCAGUGAUGACCCAGCUAUUACAUCUCUUUCUAAGAAGAAAGAAUUUGAUGAACUCAUACACUGGCAUUCUUCUAGACCGCUCAGUAAUGAUUUUGAAAGGAUGAUGUGCAGGAGUGGUGCUAAUUCCAAAGAUGCCAAAGAACGAAGGGAAAUACAGAAAUUACAGUGUUUUUAUCACCUCUUUGGAAAAUCUAUGAUAGGAAGUAACAGAUCAGUAAGUGUUAUAAGAGGAAAAGAUCUGCCACCUCCAGAAAACUCUUCAGUGCAAAAGAAAAAAACCCACCAGAAGACGAAUGCAGAAAAAAUCAUUGAAGAAAAUCAAAAGAGACAGCUAGCUAAACUAGAGAAAAAAGAGGAAGAAAGAUGGAAUAACUUGUCUGAAUAUAUUGAAAAGGAAAUUAAAGAAAAUCCUAACUCUGGAAUAAAAAGACUAGAAGAUUUUAUCCAAACAUGCCCUGUUAAGUCUGUAAAAUUUGCUGCAGAAAUGGUAGGAUUGGAUGCCUGUUUCAAAUUAUGGGUGGAACACUGUUCAAAACCAGAAGCAGUACCCAGAGAUAUAAACAUAAUAAUUAACUUGAUGAAAAGGAUUCACAUAAUUCAUGAAAAAUAUUCUGAACUAUUACAAAAUACACAUCGACAAAAAAUAGCCAAAUAUCUAAAAUAUAUUGGAUUUGACAACUUGGCACACUUACUAUGUCCUCAGGUGCAGGAAUCAGGUACCAAGAAGAAUGUUUCUAAAUAUUCCAUUCACAUGGGGGCGGCUCGGUUUCAGUUAACAUACAUGGGCCCCUACUUAUUUCGAGAAGAAAGAAGUGAUCCAGAUUCCAGAGUGCGUCAUUUCAUACCAGACACGUGGCAGAGGGAACUUCUUGAUGUUGUAGAUAAUAAUGAAUCUGCUGUAAUUGUUGCCCCGACUUCAUCAGGGAAAACCUAUGCUUCUUACUACUGCAUGGAGAAAAUCCUGAGAGAGAGCGAUGACGGGGUGGUUGUGUACGUGGCUCCAACCAAGGCUCUUGUUAAUCAAGUGGUAGGAACCGUCUACAGUUUAUUUACCAAAGCACUGCCAAAAGGAUUAACGGUGUGUGGAGUUUUUACAAGAGAUUACCGUCAUGACACCUGUAAUUGUCAGAUAUUGGUGACAGUGCCUCAGUGUUUGGAAAUACUCUUGCUGUCACCUCGUGGUCAAAAGUGGGUGAAAAGGAUAAGAUAUGUCAUAUUUGAUGAGGUUCACUGUCUUGGGGGAGAAAUUGGAGCAGAAGUCUGGGAGCAUCUCCUCGUCAUGAUCCGAUGUCCCUUUCUGGCUCUCUCUGCUACCAUCAGUAAUCCUGAGCAUCUCACCGAAUGGCUGGUGUCAAUUAAAAGAUACUGGCAACAUGUUGAAAGCACAAUGGAAAAUUCUGGUCCAUCGCAAAAUGCCUUGAAAGUUGCCAAGAAACAACAAAGAAAAGGAGUAGAAAAGCCAUCAUACAGAGUUAGACUGGUAUGGUAUAAAGAGCGAUACAAUGACCUGGAAAAGUAUGUGUGUUCCCUAAAGGAUAAUGACUUUAUCAUUGAACACUAUCACCCAUGUGCUGCACUUACAGUCAAGCAUUUAGAGAAACAUGGAAUCCCUUUAGACCUUGGAUUUUCUCCACGGGAAAGCAUACUGCUGUAUGAUGCAAUGGUACAUGUUUGGCCAGAAUGGACAAGAAUGCAGGAGUUAGAACCUGAAGAAUUCAGCUGCUUCAAGAAUAAAAUAGUCAUUAUGAGGACAGAUGCCAAGAAAUAUGAAGAGGAACUGAAAAAAGAAAUGAUUCGUUGGGUUCAGCUGGACCCAAGCAAGGUGAAUCAGUUACUAAAGUACCUUAAGCCUCAAACUUUUGACAGUGCAGAAACUGAAAAGCAAAAAAUGUUUCCCCAUUUUGUGGAAAAACUUAAAGAAAUGAAUAAACUGCCUGCAAUAUUCUUUUCAUUCAACAUUCACUCAGUGGAACUAUCAGCUUCAUGACUUCUUUCAAAUUUGAGAAUCAAACAGAAUAGUCAUAAAGACCCAAAUUCUGAAACAGAGAAGAAAAAUUUGAACAAGAAACUAUGGAAAGCAAUAAAGUCUCAAAAAAGAAACUGGGCUGUAUUUUUAAAUUCAGAUUCAGGUGCUAGGAUUCAAAGAAUCAUUGUAUUGAAAGCUGAAAUAGAGGAAAUAAAGAAAAACCUUAAGAAGCAUUAUGCAGUGCCUCCAGACUGUAAUUAUGCCGACCAUACAGUUGUGGAUAGCCAGGCUUUAUCAAAGAUCUUAUACAGACUGAGAGGAACAAGAAAAAGGUACCAACUGCACAGUCUGUUAAGGCAGGGCAUUGGAUAUCAUCAUGGUUCAAUGGAAUAUAAGCAAAGACAAGUUGUGGAGAUGCUUUUCAGACUGAAGCACAUCAAGGUAGUAACAGCUACCUCCUCCCUUGCUUUGGGAAUUAACAUGCCAUGUAAAUCUGUUGUUUUUAUGGAAGAUUCUGUUUAUUUGGAUGCCUUGAACUUUCGACAGAUGUCCGGUCGUGCAGGAAGACGUGGAGAAGAUCUUACAGGACAUGUGUUCUUCUAUGACAUUCCAUUACCUAAGAUAGAAAGGCUCUUAAAGUCGAAUGUGCCCAAACUAAAGGGUCAGUUUCCUUUAAGCAUUUCCUUGGUUCUCAGACUUAUGCUCUUAGUUGCCAAAGCAGAUGACAAAGAGGAUGCCAAAGCAAAGGCAUUAUCAGUUCUCCAACAUUCACUGAUGUCCUUCAAGCAGCCAAAGAUCAAGCACAUAUUAAAGUUUUACUUUAUGUAUUCUUUGCAAUUCUUGGUCAGAGAGGAAUAUUUGAAUCAAGAAUGUAUUCCCAUUGGAUAUUCUGGACUUGUGUCUCAUUUGCACUACCACAAACCUUCCAACUUUGUUUUAGUAAGCUUGCUGAAGAAAGGUGUAUUUCAUAAAUUGUGUAUUCCAAUCAGUACAAAUGGCCAAAAGAGAUUUUCUGAAGAUGUGAUGGAGACCUUAGUAGUGGUGUUAGCAAAUCUUUUUGGAAGACAGUAUCUUCCUCCCUGUGUGAACAAAUUUGAAACGAAAAUUCCUCGUUCAGUGGUAAUUCUAGAUGAUCUUCCCCAGGAAUUUGCUGAAGUGGUAGAGGAACACAACAACAUGAUUCAAAAGAAUUUUGGUUCCUUCCUCCUAACAAUUUCUAAGUUGGCUGAUAUGAGAAAAGAAUGCCAACUACCUCUCUCAGAAAUUGACUUUUCAGGUAAAGAAUGUGAAGACUCUGAACUGGUCUCUCAUUUAAUGCCUGGAACCGAGAGCAGAACUGCUGUCUCCCCAUUUGCUUGCCUGUCCAACAUAACUGAUCAGGAUUUAUUUCAUAUUGAUGUGGUAAAUGAUGCUAAGUUACGAACAGUUGAUGUGGAUGUCACAAAAGUUCCAUUCUUUUGCAUGAAUAAAUAUGAUAUGAGUGGAAGGAAGUCUCCAUUGAAUGGUUAUGUAAUGAAUUUCUACAAAAACCGUUCCCUGUCGGCACUCACUCAGGAUAACUGGUUAAAUAUGGGAGAUGCUUAUCAUUUACUCAAGGAUUUUGCACUUACUGUUCGAUCUAUCAGGAUUUCACUGAGUGAAUUUUGUGAUGAUGAAGAUGACAAUGUUGUGUUAGCAUUUAAACAACUGAGUAAAGCAUUCAAUCAAAUCGUAGGAAAAAAAGACUGAAUGUUAAACUUUACCCAAGUACUGUGCUCCUGGAAAACAGAUGGUCAAGAAAUUUUCUUGCUCCUCCAUGUUUCAGGAAAUGGUUUACUGCAAAGAACCGCCCUUUCUGACAUGAUUUAGAUUAGACUUUCAAAUGACCCCCUUGUUUACCUGUGACAAUCCUCAACAUAACCCUCCAAAUUCCCAUUCUUUGUCUCAUUAAAUGAUUAGCUGAACUGUUUUCUCCUGCUGACAAAAUACCUGCUUACUUGACCCAACCAACUUUAGUCUGCCCUUUGGGGAAGGCUUCUUCCCUCCCCAAGGCCCUGUACCUUAAUCUGCCCUUAGGCCUCUCCUGAAAUGGCCUGGAGGCAUUCUCAGAUCACGUUCCGUGAUCAACUAUCUCAGAUCACGUUCCGUGAUCAACUAUCUCAGAUCAACUAUGCCAAGGAAGGUCAUCAAAGACAUUCCCAGAUCAAUUGUCCAGUCACACCACACAUCACGCCAUUCCCUCAUACCUGAUUCUUUCUAGCCCUUAUUGCUAGAAAUUAAAAUUCUUUUUUGGCUGACCUUAGAGACUGCUAAAGGUCUCAGAGGGAGAAUGUGUUUUCUUAUUUCAUUGGUCCUUUACUUGUUGCAAUAGGCCAUUUCGCUUAUUGCAAUAGUUUUUUCAAAUAAAGUCUCUCAUUGUUUAAGUUUGGAUUUGUGUUUGGUUUGAUUUUCAUUCUGCACCAAUGAAAUAAAAUGCAUUACCUAGCUAAAGUAUAGAUUUCACAAUGUAUUGACCAACUUCUCAAAAGAUGUCCUAGUCUUCCCUGACCAGGGUGGCUCAGUUUGUUGGGCAUGGUCCUGUUGGGAACCGCCCUGACUGGUA